CGAAUUCCAUAACUCCGCAGAGUGUGCGAGCUCGGAUAAGCUGCCGUCUCACAAACCCAAGAGUGUUUCAAAGUACAGUUUCGGGUCGCUUGACCAGCCCAGCGCAACCAUGGCUGAGCUCGCAGCCACCGCAGACGCCGUGCUGCUCCUGGUCACCAGCAUGCCAUCCACAACCAUUGUAGAAGGCGCCCAAGCAAACCUCAGAAAUAUUUUUCGAGGCAAGAAGAUUCAAGUGGAAGAGAUCGACGGCGUCGACGCAAACAACAAAACCCUCCGCUCGGAGAUGUUCGCGCUCUCGAACCUGCGGGGGCAAUACCCACAGGUGUUCAUCCGCAGCGGCGGCACUUUAAAAUUCGUGGGCGACGCCGAGGCCGUCAAGUCGCUGAACGACUGCGAGGACAUCCCUGCCGAGGUCCUGCGGGACCACCCGCACAUCGAGACGUUCUCCAAGGUCUUCGCGGCGUUCCUGCCGCAGACGAGUGCACCACCGCCGCCGCCUCCAGCACCGUCGAAGCGCAUCUUGGAGGGCAUCGACAACGUCAUGCCGUCGGCGCACCCGACGCACCACCCCUCGGACGGCGCGAACGCGACGGCGCGCGGCUACGUGAUUCUGGGGAGGCACGACUCCUGGACGGCGUCGCCCCCUUUGACGAUGGACAUCAACGGCGCGCCCCACGCCGUCGUCCAGGAGGAGCACGACUACAUGGUCCGGGGCCUGGCGCUCGCGCGGCUCUGCCCGACGGGCUCGCUGGACGUCGUCGUGACGUGCAUGGACGGGUCGAAGGUCGAGUGCACGAUCCGGGUGCAGCAGGUUCACUAGCACUAGG